GAUCUGGAUGAGGAGGCGCGAAAACAGCGAGAUCUACAAAGGGAGCUGUUUCGAAUCUCAAAGAAACGCAAUGCGGGUGAAGAUGUGGCUGCGAGUGGUCCACAAACUGAUUUCGAUGUUUUCCACCAACUUUUCUCUGGCUACGAGGAGUAUCAGAUUCCACGCUUCAUAGAAUUAUUCCCUCCUCGUGAGGUUCAUUUCCGUGGCAAGGAACCUCUCAAGCCACCAAAAGCGGUUCUUCCAACCAAGCUUGCUUUGGAACUGCUACCCGACCAGGAGCGCAGCUUCCGAGCUUUUACUACAUCCAACAAGGUCGUUCAGGAGAGCAGUUAUCAGAAAAGCUUCAUAAAUGCUCGACAGGGAGUCGCAUCGGAUGAUGGGAAUGAUGAGGAUCUUGGUCUUGAUGAUUUUGAUCUCAACGAGCGCAUCGGCGGAGUCACCAUGCAGGAUUUGGCCCUGAUCUGCGAAGACUGGGAUAUCCCCAGUAUUGAUGGCGAAUCUAUCGAUACAAACAUGAUUGAUGACACAGUCAUGGAAGGUGGCUGGGAUGCAGAAGAGCUUUCGCGCCCUUCGAAGAAGCGCAAGACCGAGACUCGUGACACUGCAGUGUCGCUGCCCGCUGUCGACCCGUACUUAUCGUUUGACGACCCGGAACAAAUGGUCGCACGAAUAGCAAAGACUGUCACCUUGGACUUGAAUGAUCCCAAACUGCUUAUUGACGAACAUGCCACUCGCGCAAGCACGAUCAAGAAGCGUGUACCUGGUGACAUCAAACGAGACCCCGCGGCCAGUCGCGAUCUCUUCAAACGGUACAAUAUCAGCAAUGAUCAAGCCUAUGACCUCUUGAAAGAAAAUCAUCAAAACAAAGUGCGCAGCACUCUGGGCAAUACUACAGUCGAGCAUAGUUUCCCAGCCACAAUCUUGCAGUACCCAUUUUACAAAGUCAAUCUUGAUACGAAAUCGAAACGAUCUUUCCAUCGACCGCCACUUGAACUCAAAAAUGGACCCGGCCGAGAGUAUCGCUUUCAGAAGGCGAAACAUAUCAAGAAGAAAAAUUGGCGUGGGAAAGAGGCUAAGGAGAUCUAUGCAAAAGCUGAAGAUCUCUCCCUUGGCGACAACGCCUCUGCUCUACUCUUGGAGUACGCGGAAGAGGCGCCAAUGAUGAUAUCGAACUUUGGUAUGGGUAACAGAUUGAUCAAUUACUACCGGAAGAAAGACGCCGAUGACCAGGAGCGACCCAAGCGAGAAAUCGGCGAGACCCAAAUUUUGUUGCCGCAAGACAAAAGUCCAUUCUCGACCUUUGGCUGCGUGGACAACGGGGAAAUUGUACCCACCAUCCAGAAUGGUCUUUACAGAGCCCCAGUAUUCUCGCACCAGCCCAAACCUACUGAUUUCCUCAUCGGCAUUAGCAGCACAUACGAGUAUGGCGACCGCUUCUAUCUGCGCAACGUGGAGAAUCUUCAUGUUGUUGGUCAACAGUUCCCCUCGGAAGAGAUUCCGGGACAGCAUUCUCGUAAGGUCACGGAUGCAGCGAAGAAGCGCCUGCGAGCUUUAGCAUACCGGAUAUACACGAAGAGUCUAGAGCGAAAGGACAAAACCAGAAGCAAAAUGCGAGAAUUCAUGAAGUACGAGAAAGUUAGCAAAGCUGGCGGAAACGAAGGAUCCGGCGUUUGGGUGCCUCCUCCAGGCACGCAAGUGCCGAACGCUGAAACCAUGCGCGGCUGGAUUCGACCUGAGGCAGUCUGUGUGCUCGACUCUAUGCAGGUCGGUGUUCAACACUUGGCUGAUCUCGGGAUCAGCGAGAACAAGGACGGCGAUGAGGACAAGGACGUAGACGAAGGCGCCAACAUUGAAUUGCAGCUUGCGCCAUGGCGCGCGACCAAGAAUUUCCUCAACGCAUGUCAGAGUAAAGCUAUGCUGAAACUCCAUGGAGAAGGAGACCCAACUGGUCGUGGUGAGGGAUUCUCCUUUGUCAAGACAUCCAUGAAGGGAGGUUUCACUGCUUUCGGAGAGAGUGUCGAGGAUAAGAUUGACGCUCGUCGCCGGAAGGAGAAUGGAGGUCAUUCCUACAAUGUUGCGAAGCAGCAAAAGGCCUACGAGGAUUCAAUCCGUAGAAUUUGGGACGCACAGAAGGCCGGUUUGUCGCGUACUGAGGAAGACUCUGAUGAGGAGAUGGACAAUGAGCCACAAGAAGCCGACAGCAGCAUGUACGGGCGCGCUGCGACACCGCGGUCGUCCACCGGCGCUGGUGCCAUGAGUCGUCACGAGGACGACUCUGCAAGCCAGUUCAGCGGCAUGAGCACUGGCCGUGGCGAGAAGACAUUGGUGAUCACUCGUAAGGGUGGUUACGACAAAUAUGGCCAGCCAAUGGAGGACAGCGUUGAGGUCGUCACCAAUCCACGAGUCAUUGCACUUUAUCAGAAGCGACGCACUGAAAGCAAGCUCAAGCAACUAAGCGUCCACGAUAUGCGACCCACCGGAGACGCUGAACUCGAUGCCAUUCAGCGACAAAAGCUCGAAGCCGAACUCGCUCGUGUACAACGCAACGCCGAACGCCGCGAGGCUCGUGACAAAGCCAAGGGCAAGCACGGGCUGGACCGCCGCGCCUCCACUGUAGCAGCUUCACCAGGUGGAGAGAACAGCGACAGCAUGGCCGGACGAAGCAAGGAUGGAACCGCGCGGAAGUGUGCGAAUUGUGGUCAGGUCGGCCACAUCAAGACCAAUCGAAAACUUUGCCCCCUACUCAAUGGUACCAUGAAGCCCGAGGAUGCCGGUCUGAAUGGUGAUAGCUCCUUUGGCGCUGUUCCCGCA